AUGAAAGAAGCUUACAAUGGCCAGUCAACGCAGCCAUUCCCUCACCAUGCCUUCAACGUAUACCGGGGUCCCGUCGGGCAAAUUUCGGAAACGAAAAUUAUGAUAUACAAAACAAAACUACACAAGACGUAAAGACAACAGUCGUGGCCGCGCCCUGGUUUAGAAAUGAGGCGUAGGCCUUACACGUGGCUACGUUUAUUGUGCCCAGUGGCCUCCGACCUUAUUAUACAUUUUGCCUCAAGCAAUAUUGAGCUUAGAAAAAGGAAGGUUAACCGGUUCGACAGCAUUAACAGAAAAGGUUUGACACGGACAGAUCAGCACUGCAAGCACUGUUGCAGAUCUCCAUCAAGGCCGUCGAUAAUUUUGUCUCGCAGAGCCCUAUGUACGAAGGACCUGAACAUGCUGGCUAACAUCCCAACUAUACUCCGAUCUGGUGUGAGGCUGCCUGUUCUGGGACUUGGAACAUGGAAGUCCAAACCAAACGAAGUGGCCACAGCCGUGAGGGUGGCCAUCAAUGCAGGGUACCGACACAUCGACACCGCGUGGCUUUAUGGUAACGAGGCUGAGGUGGGGCAAGGGGUGAGAGAUGCUCUCAGUGACGGGACGGUGAAACGGAGAGACCUUUUCAUCGUCACCAAGCUGUGGAGCACGUUCCAUCGGCCUGAGGACGUGAAGCUGGGCAUGUCAGACAGUUUGGACAAGCUGGGACUAGACUACGUGGACAUGUACCUUAUGCACGGUCCUCCGGGCUUCAAGGGACCCAAUAUUCGCCCAACCAGCGAAAGUGACUACGAUGACACAGACUAUGUCGACACAUGGAAGGCCAUGGAGUCCCUUGUUGAUGAAGGCCUGACCAGGUCUCUGGGCCUGUCCAACUUCAACAGUCGGCAGGUGGACAGAGUGCUGCAUGACUGCAGAAUCAAACCUGUUGUUAAUCAGGUAGAGCUGCACCCAUACCUGCCCCAGUUGGACCUGAUCAAGUACUGCCAAUCCAAGGAUGUCAUCCUUACUGCGUACAGUCCCUUCGGCUCCACCCCUGAUGGAGGAAACUACAUUUCCAGUGAGUCACGGUUAUUGGAAGACCCUGUUGUCGUGGCAAUGGGGAAAAAGUACGAGAAAACUCCCGCGCAGGUUCUUCUUCGCUAUCACCUUGAACGUGGGCUUUCCGUCCUGGCAAAGAGCGUUACCCCGGCCAGGAUCCUGCAGAACUUAGAGGUGUUCGACUUCAGCCUUACCGAAGAUGAUAUCAACAAACUGAACAGUCUGAACAGGAAUCACCGAUACGUCACGUGGGAAUACUCCAGAUCACAUAAAUAUUACCCGUUCGAUGACCAGCCAAGAUCGGCACAAUGACAUUUGUAAUCAUUACCAACCCUCCCAACCUAGCCUGCCGUUGUGUUUGAUGUGUGUAGGGCACAU